GCAAACUUAACCACUGCGCCACCGGGCUGGCCCCGAAGGCUGGCUUCUUGAUCUCUAUCAUGUUCUUUACAUCAUGCUUCCUUCACAGUUCAGGAAACCUUUCUAUUGCUGCUGUAACAAAUUGCCACAAACUUAGUGGCUUAAAAAAUACAAAUUUCUUAUCUUACAGUUCUCUUGGUCAGAGUCUGACACAGGUCUCACUGGACUAAAGUCAACACGUCAGCAGGGCUGGUUCCUUUCUGGAGGCUCCAGGGGAGAAACCAUUUCUUUGCAUUUUCCAACUUCUAGAGGCUGCCUGCAUUCCUUGGCUCAUGGUUCCUUCCUCCACCUUCCAAGCUAGCAGCUGCCGGUAGGGUCCUUCUCUGGCCCUCUUCCACUGUCAAAUCCCUUCUUCCCAUGUGCCUGAAAGCACCUCCCUUUCAAGGACUCAUGUGAUCAGACUGGCCUACAGGGAAGGAACGGGAUGAUUUCCCCAUCUAAAGGUGCUUAACUUAAUCACGGUUCCAUUUCUCGGCAGGUAAAGCCACAUAUUCCCAGGGUCUGGGGAUCGGAGCAUGAACAUUUGCGGAGACCUCUGUCCUGCCUCCCACGCCCUGUCGCGGAGCUGCUGCAGGUAGAGCCCGACUUGCGGAGUCUCAGAAGACUUCCUCGGCCUCCUGAUGCUGGCUGGCCUUCACUAAGGUUCACACAGACAACCUCUGUCCACACGGCCAGUGCUUCCCCGAUGCCUUCAGGGCCGGCUCCCUCCUCCCCCAGCUUAACGCCCCGCUCCCUGUCACAUGCAGUGGAGAGGUCAGGGGGGCACAAGAAUGGGCUCCGGAGUUUGUCCUCUAGGAUCCCAGACGGUGCUAUGGGCCUCGAAAAGCCACAACGUACAGCAUGGGCCCCUCAGCUCUGGAAAAUCCCCAGGUGUCUUGACACGUGGGCAGGUGAGAUGCAGCACAGAGCUCAGGUGUCCUUUCUGGUGGCCCGCUUUGAAAGGUAAUGUGAACGUCCAUAUCGCAAAGACCCCGUGUGACGCACACGUGGGGAGGGGGGAGGAUCCCGCUCUCAGAGUCACGAGAAAAGCCACAGAAGAGAAUACAGAAUGUCAUAAGGAGAUAGUAACCACCACCAAAAGAGCUCUAGGAGAGCAGCCAGCCGGCCGCCUCAGACGCCCACGGACUGUGGCUGUGCAGCUCAGCUCAUCCCAGCUCCCUCUGGGUCCCUCCCUGCUGGGGCCUCUCCAAGGGUCAAGUUAGGCAGCACGCCCGUCGAUUCUAUUUUUGAGCGCUUACUGGAAGCUUGGUUUUGACACUUUACCCGGCAUCCAGGCCAUGUUCACUUGUGUGUUAGUUCUGAAAACUGGGACAUUAUCUACAGUUUACAGAAUUCCUGCAAGUUUCCUGCAACUGAUUUACACACAUGCUGCCCCCGGCCCCUGUUCACCACUAAUACAAGUACCCUGACUGCCCCCACCCAUCCCUGCCAGCAGCUGCUCUACAUGCUGCCACUCACUCUCACGGUCCCUGAGGCCCCCAGGGAGUCACCAACUCACACCACUGACUGUUAUCUGGGGGAGGGGACCGGGUGCUGGAAACUUUAACCAGGCAGGGACGGUUAACAGCUGCAGGGACACCUUAGGAAACAGUGAGCCUUCAAAAGGAAAUAUUUGUAGAAUCUGUCCCCAUGACCUUUUAAGACUUUUCUGAAAACGGCCCGUCAUUCCUUGCCAUGGACAGAAAUAACAUCUAUCACCGGCAUCCUUCAGCCCACAGAAUCCUUCAUGCUUAACCCACCAGGCAGGCCCUGACAUAGAUGCUCACCUCACACAGACACGCCAACAGACCCCAAGGACCUAGGGACGCGUGUGCAUGCGUGUACACUCACACACAUGCACACACCUGCCUCUCCCUCAGACUCCCUCCUCAGGGGACAAAUGUGCUCUUCUUCCUCAGUGGGCAGUUUUUCUGGGGUGGGCUGGGGGGUGCUGUUGGGCAGAGCUCUCGACCCACAGGCGCAUCACAGUGCUCCCCUAUGCACCACUGAUCCAAUCACAGACUCCGAGCUGUUAGCUGGUAGCAUGCGGUGAGGACCUCUUUCCCCUUCCUUUCCCUCCCCACAGCUGCAGAGGGGGGUUUCUGAGGGGGCGGAUGUCACCCACUGGGGGUGGGUUUUUUCCCCACCUUCAUAUCUUUUCUUGUCCCAGCCUCUUCCCACCCCUAGAAGUAGGCCCUUUCGGGGUCACUGGUAAAAGAACGUUAGGGAACACCUCCGAACCGCUCCUCAGCCGUCCCUCCUCCCCGCUGGUUACCCUCUCCUCCAUGAGCCAGGCCCUCACCACCAAUGAGCGCCUCAGCCCCAGUCUUCCCCUACAAAUGCCCCUUUUUCCUCAGGGCUGGGUGUAAAGGGACAAUGUUGGGACUUUUUAAAAGAAGAACUUUACUAGGAAAGUAAGAGAGGAAUCAAAACCAAACCAAGAAAAUAUCAAAACCUCAGCUGGUGCAGAGGGCGCCCAGCACCUGCUGCUUGGUCUCUCUGCUCUCCUUGAAGGAGUGGCAGCCCUUUGUCAUCCCUGUGCAACUCCUUUGCUCGCCUGCGCUCUGAGCCCCCACAAGGGCGUCUGAGUCAUCAGUGCUGCAGGCUCUCCCAGAGGUGCACAAGCUAGGGGGUCCCUCGCCCUCACCCGCAGCCCGGGUGCAUCCAAGAGCCCCUGCCUCCUGGACUCAGCUAGCUGGGUCCAGCUCAGACAGUGGGACACAAGGGACCCUUUGAAUCUGGCAGGGGGCAGGAUGGGAUGAGGAAGGGGCUGACUGGCCACAGGUGGGAUCAGAGGGCAACAAGGGUGGAGGGGGCCAGGGCAAGGCUGUGAAGAGGGGUCCGGGGGGUUUUCAGAGGAGAAGCAGUUUGGUCCCAGAACCUCUACGUCCUCUAAAGGGCUCCCUCCCCAAGAAGGCCUUUGGAGGGAGCCCCUCCCUGUGCGUGGGGUCCUGGGCAGUUCUGUGGGACUACAGCAGGAAGGGAGCUGGGUCUACCCUGAAAGCCCCCAAACUGAGGAGGUGAUGCGCCUCACCAAAUUAGGGACCCCUUUAUGGGAACUCAUACCUGCUGGGAAGCCCAGGAUGAUGAGGUGCUAGGGCUCCAUGCUAGAAGCCCCCCAACCUGAUGCGGAGGGUGGAGUCCCACCCUGGAGUGAUGAUUGAGGAGAUCCUCUGGGGUCAGCUGAGCACAAAGGAGCUCCAACUACACAUAGAUAAGCCUGUGGACAGGGCAGCCAGGAGAGAAGCCUGGGCAAAUCAGGGUCGAUGAGCAGGAGGAUGGGUGUGAAACCAGCACUGCCGAAGUGGGUCUGAGAUGCAUGAAGGGGAGCACAGGUAGGACACAGGGACAGGCCUGAGUAGCGAUCCUGUGACAUCCCUGGCCCUACCAGAUGCUCUGGACCUCAGUUUCCCCUCCCCUGCCCCUCUGGCCAGGGUUCAAGGAUGCAGUCCGCUUCACUGAACCCAUCUGUCUGAGACUUGCUCACAUCUUCCUCUUUUGUGACUGGAAGUCACAGGGCAGAGCACUAAGCUGGGCAGUCAUAGAGUGAACCCAGAGCUUACGACUGUGAAGGGUCAGAGGGGAGAGUGGUAAGGGAGGCUUGGGGCCAGUGGGAGAGGGGGGAGACGGGUGGGGGCAGAGGAGCUCAGGACUAUGGCUGAGGCCAUCACCUAUGCAGACCUGCGGUUUGUGAAGGCUCCCCUGAAGAAGGGCAUCGCCAGGCGGUUAGGACAGGACCCAGAGGCUGACGAGGAUGGGGAACUCACCUAUGAGAACGUACAGGUGCCCCCAGUCCCAGGGGGCUCGAGCUCGGCUUCUUCUGGACUAGGGGACAAAGCAGAAGAGGGGUCCCCGGGGACAGAGAAGGGAGACCGGGAGGGACACGGGAGAGUCCGGGGGGCGCUGGCGGUGCCCGAGCGGCGCAAAAGGCACGCAGGACUGACCGGGGACCCGGGGGCCGGGGCGGGGGAAGCGGCGUUUCGGGGACCUCCCCUCUCCAGCUGCAGUCGCCCGUCCGCAGGGGUCCAGUCGGAGCCGCCGCCCGCCGUCCGGAGCUCCGCGACGCCGCCGGCGGCCGGGCGCCCCCUCCGCGGCCGUGCAGCCUUCAGGCAGUACCUCGUGCUUGGCGCGCUCCUCACCUGCCUGCUGCUGGGGGUGGCCUCCAUCUGCCUGGGAGUGCGCUAUCUGCAGGUGUCUCAGCAGCUCCAGCAGACCAACAGCGUUCUGGAAGCCACUAACAGCAGCCUGAGGCAGCAGCUCAGCCAAAAGAUAACCCAGCUGGGGCAGAGGGAGGUGGACUUGCAGGGGUCCAGUAGUAAGCUGGCCCAGACUCAGGAAGCACUGCAGAUGGAACAGAAGGUUUGCCAGGCUACCAGAGAGCAGUUGCAGGCCUGCCAGUCCAACAGGGAGGAGACAGAAGAGGACUUGCGAAGGGAGGAGGGGCAGAGGAGGAACCUGGAGCAGAGGCUGAGCGGCGUGCAGGACACACUGAAGCCCUUCUUCACAUGCCCCUCAGCAGACACCUGCUGUCCCGUGGGAUGGAUACAGAACGAAAGGAGUUGCUUUUAUGUCUCAGUUACUCGGAGAAGUUGGGAGGAGAGCCAAAAACAUUGUAAAUCUCUGUCCUCUGACCUGGCCACAUUCAGUGACAUAUCUCGUCUUUAUAUCAAUUAUGCCAGCAGAUUAAAUAAGGUGUUGGUACAAGUUGGUCAGCUUGAUUCAUAUUGGAUUGGCCUCAGCUUUAACAAGCACUGGCAGUGGACUGAUGGCACAAGAGUCUUUGGGUUUGAGUAUAACAGGUAUUAUCCUGAAAACCCAAGAUGUGCCAAGGUACAAAGCAGUUGGCCAAAACUGCAGCCGGAGAAGUGUUCAUCUUCUCUUCCCUGCAUCUGUGAGAUGAAAGCUUUCAGGUAUCCAGAUGGGGACCACUCUUUGCACUGAGCUGGGUAAGUGUGAGGGGUGAGACAGUCAUGGGAGUCUGGGGAAAAGAGGGACUCGGAGCAGGGGCCCAGAGGUCAGGGGGAAAACUUGCUCCUGGGAGUGACGGUCAUGUCCACAGCCUCCAGAGGCUUGGUCUGCUUCUGUCAGGGGGGGUUGGGCAAGGAGGGAGACUGGUGAUGUGGCUGUCCAGGGAGCUGGGGUGAGCUGGAUAGGGGUUCUUAGUGACAGUCAACUGUGCUCACUGAUUCUUUACUCUCCAGAUACUCAAGCCAACAAGAGCCCAUGCUCCUCAUCCUAACCCACAGCCUGCACAUCCUGAGAUCAUUUCCCUCCAGCAUUCCCUCAUUCUCCUGGUCAGUGCCCGGCCAGGGGCUGAUCCAUGCCCAACACUUCCAGG